AUGGGCUUCCACAAAUCAUCAAAUGGCAUCAAUGUCAAGGAUAAGCACAUCCUCACUGCUUACUGCCAGAAACCGGGCGGGGAAACGACAUAUUCAGAGCUAGAUCUGGAUGGAUUCAUUGGGGUAAAUAAGGGACGAUUGGCUUGGGGCGCUCACGACUUCUCAAAAUGUGCACGCGACGUUGAUUUCAAGCUAGAGGGCCCCGAAAACAAUCCCAUUCUGCACGCGCAACUCGAUGAUGGCCAGGGAAACGUGCAAGAGAGUGAGGUGAAUCUGGCAGACUGUAUCAAGAAUGUAGAUGGCCGUCUGAAUUUUAUGGAAUGCUUCUAG